GGUGGGGACUUCCGGCAACCGCGUUGUGGUCACAGGGCAGUAUCAGAGUGGGCGUUGAAUCAGUCUUCCCCCUCAUCUUAAAUCCGACUUCACGUUUUUAAUCGUUACACAAGUUGAGUCCACACAGUUAGUGAAAUUUCCCCGGGGAAAAAAUGACGGAAAGCUCCGCGACGAAGCUGUUGAACGGAGACGCCUGCCGCCGGACGUUAAACGGGAAAAACGCCAGUAAAAAUGGCUACGUGAAGAACCACUGUCCGUUCCAACAGCCACAGAAGUACCGUCGCUCCGGAGAGAAGAAGCAAAAUGCGACUCACAAUCCCAGUUUGUACAAGAAGCCUUUUGUGGAGUCGUUCGAGGAGACGCCUCUGCUGGUGGCUGUGCUCACCUAUAUGGGCUACGGCAUCCUCACCGUCUUCGGCUACCUCAGAGACUUCCUCCGCCACUGGAACAUUGAGAAGUGCCACGUGGCUCGCGAGAGAGACGAGCAGAAGGAUUUUGUCCCUCUCUAUCAGGACUUUGAAAACUUCUACACCAGGAACCUGUACAUGCGGAUCCGAGACAACUGGAACCGCCCCAUCUGCAGUGUCCCUGGAGCCAGGAUGGACCUUGUAGAGAGAGUUACCCACAACUACAACUGGACGUUUGACCACACUGGCAAGGUGGUGAAGGACGUCAUCAAUAUGGGGUCAUACAACUACCUCGGCUUUGCGGAGAGCACGGGUACUUGUGCUGAUGCUGCUAUUGAAGCCACGCAGAUUUAUGGAGUUGGCGUGGGCAGCACUCGCUGUGAGAUGGGCAACCUGGAUAUCCACGAGGAGUUGGAAGAGUUGGUUGCCAGGUUUCUGGGUGUCGAGGCGUCCAUGGUGUUUGGGAUGGGCUUUGCAACCAACUCCAUGAACAUUCCGGCUCUCACUGGGAAGGGUUGUCUCAUCCUAAGUGACGAGCUGAACCACGCUUCGCUGGUGCUGGGCGCUCGGCUGUCGGGCUCUACAAUCCGAGUCUUCAAACACAACAACAUGCAAAGCCUUGAGAAGCUGCUGAGAGAUGCUAUUGUACAUGGGCAGCCCAGAACCCACAGACCCUGGAAGAAAAUUCUUAUCGUGGUGGAGGGCAUUUACAGCAUGGAGGGGUCCAUCAUACGUCUGCCUGAGGUAAUCGCCUUAAAGAAGCGCUACAAGGCAUACCUGUACCUGGAUGAGGCUCACAGUAUCGGUGCUCUCGGACCCAAUGGCAGAGGAGUAGUAGACUACUUCGGCCUGGAUCCCAAGGAUGUUGACAUCAUGAUGGGAACAUUCACGAAGAGUUUCGGAGCUGCUGGUGGAUACAUUGGAGGCAAGAAGGAGCUGAUCGACUACCUGCGCAGCCACUCUCACAGUGCUCUGUACGCCACCUCCAUGUCCCCUCCUGUGGUCCAGCAGAUAAUCACCUCAAUGAAGAUCAUUAUGGGCGAGGAUGGAAGCACACUGGGUGCUGAUCGCCUCAGACAACUUUCAGAGAACACCAACUACUUCCGCAGAAGACUCCGGGAAAUGGGUUUCAUCAUCUAUGGCAACGAUGACUCGCCUGUUGUGCCCCUGAUGCUGUACAUGCCUGCCAAAAUUGGGGCUUUUGGUCGAGAGAUGUUGAAGAGGAACAUUGGCACUGUGGUUGUCGGAUUCCCAGCAACGCCUAUCAUUGAGUCGAGAGCUCGCUUCUGUGUCUCAGCUGCUCAUACCAGAGAAAUGCUCGAUACCGCACUGGAGGCCAUUAGUGAAGUGGGCGACCUGCUGCAGCUGAAGUACUCUAGACGGGAACAACCUCUUCCCUCCUUGGGAUGGAUGUCUGAAGAGAGCCUUCUUCAGGACUAAACCAGAUCCAUCUUUCCUCCUUUAACCUCACUGUACACCACAUCCCCUUAUAUCCGUGUGUAAUAUAACACUUCCUCGUACCUCAUGUUCCUUUGAGCCAGUCUCGCCACUCAGCUGCUCUGUAUCUUCUACUAUGGACGCUGAAGCACUGUAGUCUGUGACCCGUCCAGCUUUGUCAGCCUCACCAAAAUCAUCCACCCAUCUCGUUGCAAGCCUUUCUCGCAUACUCUCACGUCAUGUCUUAAUCCUGCGUGCACAGUGAAUCUAUUUUUUAUUUGUGCAAUAAUAAACGAAAAAGUAGAUAUUUUAAGAAACCUGCAGCAAAGUAGGGAGAGCUCUAUUUUUUUGGGGGGGGGGUUCCUAGCCUUUUGUAAGUGUCACUUAUCACAAUGUUUGUAAUUCUGUCCUUUGGGGUAGAAUCAUCCCAGACCUGAAAGUCAGGUGUUAUUUCACACAUGUUCCUCAUGUGUGUUGCUUAUUUUCCCUGAUUGCUUCUAGCUGAAUUUAACCAUAGAGUAUUGGAUAGUCCUUUUGUUGUUUCCCCCUGACCAAAGGUUGCAUUUGUAUAGAUAUAUUUGCCACUAUUUCUGUCUGGAAAUGUGAAGCGGAUGUUUCCAAAAGAGAAAAAAAAAAAACUAACUGGGGAAAAAAUUCCAGAAAGCGAGACUGACAAAUAUUUUUUUACUGCUUAUUUUCUAUUCAUAGUCUGUUGUUUAAUUUAAUGUUUACACCUGCACUCAAACAGCCUAGUGUCUUGAACAUUUCUAUAAGGUAAUGAGCUACAUGUGUGAUUUAGUAUUUUUUUGUUUCUUCCAUUUCUGCUCAUUAAAGUGCUUUUAUGUGAAUGGCUGAUCUGAGCAUAACUUUGAUCUGUAUGCAUGACGAUGCUGCUUCCGAACUCAUCCGAUGUACAGAACAAUUUAUUUAUUUAAAAAAAAUGCAUAUUAUCCUUUUGCUAUUUGGUUUUUGAAAGGCAGCUCUAAAAUGUGCUACAGUUGAGAGUAUAUAUUUAAAUCAAUUACAUGUCUUACUUCUGCACUGCACCACUGAUAGGCGUUUUAAAUGCCCGCAUGACGUUGGUAGGAAAGUUUCUGUAUACAUAAAUCCAUAUAAAUGUGUACUCUGUAUGUUUUUUAUUUAUUUUUGUCAUCAUAAUCUACAUUUUGUGAUCAUCCUCUGAAACGGCAUUCCAUUGUCAUGUUGCUUUCAGUGUGUAGCUGUAGUUUUGGUACACAGUACGCUGUCUGGCGCUUCUGUGUGAGUGUUUUAUGUCCUGUCACUAAUGAUGUGGUGGUUGUUGGUCACAAAGUUGUCUGUUGUCUGCCAAUGUAUCCAUUAAUGGUGAUAAAACUCAACAAACAGCAA